AGGCUGCUGUCACACAGCCAUUAUGUUAUCCCAUUCCCGGUGUCUCACCAGGAAUUUUGGCCGUUCCCUUUCUGCCAUCCGCCAGGGGAAUAAUGGACUUGCACGUCGGGCCACGGCAGCUCUAUCAGCUAGCCAUUCUAUCACUCUGAACAACAAUGUAAAAUCUGAUCCUCGUUCCAGCGUCUUCCAAAUCCAGUACUUCAGGACGUCUGUAGCCCACAGAGAGGAAGUUGUCACAGUCAAUACUCCUGCAUUUGCUGAAUCUGUCACAGAGGGAGACGUAAGAUGGGAAAAAGCUGUUGGAGACACCGUUGCCGAGGAUGAGGUGGUGUGUGAAAUCGAGACUGAUAAGACAUCAGUGCAGGUUCCCUCUCCUGCUGCUGGGGUGAUCCUGGAGCUUUUGGUCCCUGAUGGAGGGAAAGUCGAGGGAGGAAAUGCACUCUUCACGCUUCGAAAAGGAGCUGGUCCUCCCAAAGCUGCAGAAGCCCCAAAAGCUGAGGCCCCGGCCGCCGCCACCCCUCCACCACCUUCUGCUGCCCCCCCUCCUCCCCCCUCAGCUGUGGGCCCCAUUCCCACCACUAUGCCCCCUGUGCCACCUGUGCCAGCACAUGCUAUGGACACCAAACCAGUUUCAGCCAUCAAGCCCACUGCUCCUGCUGCACCGGCGGCUCAGGCUGAGGGGGCGACUAAAGGAGCCAGGACAGAGACCAGGGUUAAGAUGAACCGCAUGCGGCUGAGAAUUGCCCAGAGACUGAAGGAAGCCCAAAACACCUGCGCUAUGUUGACUACGUUUAAUGAGGUCGACAUGAGCAACAUCUCAGAGAUGAGGAAGACGUACAAAGAUGCGUACCUGAAAAAGCACAACAUCAAGUUGGGCUUCAUGUCUGCGUUUGUGAAGGCUGCUUCCUACGCUCUGGCUGACCAACCUUCUGUCAACGGCGUCAUUGAUGACACAACCAAAGAGAUUGUGUACAGGGAUUACGUGGACAUCAGUGUUGCCGUGGCCACGCCAAAGGGUCUGGUGGUUCCUGUAAUCCGAAACGUGGAGGGAAUGAAUUUUACUGACAUCGAGAAGGCCAUCAAUAUGUUGGGAGAAAAGGCCCGUAAGAAUGAGCUGGCUGUGGAGGACAUGGACGGAGGAACCUUCACCAUCAGCAACGGCGGCGUGUUUGGGUCCAUGUUCGGCACACCCAUAAUUAAUCCACCACAGUCUGCCAUUUUAGGCAUGCACGGCAUCUUUGACAGGCCCGUAGCAAUUGGUGGCAAGGUUGGUAUUCUUAACUUUAAACCUUAAAGGUGGGGUAGGUAA